AUGAAAACCCUACUUCUCACCAUGGGGCCAUGCGGUGUACGAGAUUGCCACUGUGCCUCGGGCUCGAGCACCUCCAAGCUGAAUGGGCUGUCUAGUGCCGUGGCGUGUGACAGAUGUUCUCACCCCUUGAGCGAUCAUGAUAGUUACUGCAUCGAGUCCCAUAUUAUCAUGCGACCCCAGUUCAUCGACGAGCUGAUCGCCCGGUUGGACCGCUACCAUCUGAUCCGCGUCAACGGGACGCCGGCGUCGGGCAAGACCUCGAUGACGCGGGUGCUGGCCAACGAGGUGCUCGCCCGCUACCCGCAGACCCCCGUGUAUCUGCUGUGCGGCUGGGAGUGGGACGACGUGCGGAUCGCGGGCGGCUGGGCGCUCUAUCUGCAACAACAGCUGGGGACGCAUGGCCAUCGGCUCAUCACACAUCCCGGCUUCUUGCUGUUGGACGAGGCGCAGCAGACCUACUGGGACACGCAGCUCUGGACGGACCUCUUGAAGUCCAUCACCGGCAGCAGUGCCGUCAAGAUCACGCCGAUGGCCCUUGAACCGCAUCAGCAGAUCUCGCUCCGGCCGGAGGAAACCGAGGCGACAGCCCCGCGCUGGCAGCCGGUGGGCUUGCUGCUCGAUGAGACCGAGGCCCACGAGAUCCUGGAUCGAUAUGUGCCAAUUGUCAUAUCCAACGGGGCGGACAUCUUGACCAAGGAGUUGAAGCAUGGCUUGUUCCUGGUUAGUGGGGGACACGCGGGCUUGCUGAUGUCCCUCGCCGACGCCCUGGAAUCGAUACCGGAGAUCUAUGCUCUGACCUUGAAACGCCAGCCACUCGACUGGACGACAGUAAGCCAGGGACUCUUUGGCGACUGCCGACGAUUGUUCGGCAUCAUUCAGCACCUUUCAUUUGCUCGGGGGUUGCCCAAACAACGAGUGGUGCAGCCAUCCGCUUACUCGAGUGUCUUCAAGAACGCCGUCAUGUAUUGUCCGUGCCUUUUGUUCCGCGACAACGCACCGGCCAAAGGACUGGCCUAUCGAUCCCCACUGGAGAUGGCUACCGAAGCCAUUCGCCAUUUCGACCCGCACCAGCUGUCGAAAACCGCGCGCACGCUGAAAGAUCAAUACCAGAAGGAAUUCUACCGCUGUCUCUUCCCGCUCCUCCUCGAGUACCAGAUCGCGAUGUCUCCGGAGUAUCUCAUCAAAAAAACGGCGGGUCUCCAGAGCGGCAGGAUCGACUUCCUGGUCGAGCAGAAGAAGUGGGGAUUGGAGCUGAUGCGCGACGGCGACCGGAUCACACAGCACAUGCGACGCUUCGGGAAAGACGGCCCGUACUUUGCGAUGAUCCGGGACGAGCUGAUGGACGAUUACAUUGUUUUGAAUUUCACCCAGAUCCGACCACGCAGGAAGCACCCAGGAUACCGCGGCCACCUGUACCAUGUGAUCUUCUCCGAGGACUGCCGCAACGUCCAGGUCCUGGACGCCUCGGAUCUGAGUGAAGUCGUCGCUUUUGUGCUGGUCGAGAACGCAGAUUUCUUCCGCUAUAUAGCCUAG